ACCAAUAUAAAAGCUCAAAAUAUUUGGAUUUUUGAAUCCCAUGGCAUUCGCGUUCUUCACCUUUCUUCUACCAUAACCAUUGAGCAUUUUAGAGAGAGAAAGUGAGAGACCGCUAACAAUGGCAGCCAAUUCCGGACGAUUCUUCUCUCUCCUCACCCUCACCGUCGCUCUCUUCUUCGCCACCACCACCACCGUCGCCGAGAUUCGAUUCAAAGAGAUCCGCUCCGAUGACCGAUCCACCAUCCCCUUCGACGAAUUCGGGUUCACCCACAACGGUCGUCUCGACCUCAACGUCUCCCAAAUCUCCCUCUCAAACCCUAACCCUCACAUCCGCACCAACCCCGACAAGGUCGGCUUCUUCCUCUGCACCCGAGAAUCCUGGAUUCACGUCGUCGAUCAACUCCGGGAUGGCGAAAUCGCUUGCCCUAUCGAUUCCGAUGUCGUUAAACAACUCUUCGCGUUCAACCAGCUCAACGGCACCGAUCGAAUCAACACCAGCUUCAAAGUCACCGAUUCGAAUCAAUUCUCUCUCGUUUUCACCAAUUGCGUUCCCUUUCUCCGAGUCUCGAUGAACGUCCAAUCUGCUAUGUACAAUCUCGACGCCAAAUCAGGCCAUCGCGAUUACUUGUCUGCCGGUAAAACAAUUCUACCUUCCAUUUACUUCGUGUUUUUCUUGAUCUAUGCCACAAUCAUCUGUGUUUGGCUAUUCAUUCUUUACAAUAAACGAUUGUCGGUUUUCCACAUCCAUUUCUUCAUGCUCGCUGUGGUGACUUUGAAAGCUUUGAAUUUGUUGUGUGAGACCGAGGACAAAUCGUUUAUCAAGAGGACUGGUUCUGCCCAUGGAUGGGACAUUCUGUUCUAUAUAUUUAGCUUUUUGAAGGGAAUUACAUUGUUCACUUUGAUUGUGUUAAUUGGGACUGGCUGGUCAUUCUUGAAACCCUAUUUGCAAGACAGGGAAAAGAAGGUUUUGAUGAUUGUGAUACCACUGCAAGUUGUUGCAAAUGUGGCUCAGGUGGCAAUUGAUGAGAGUGGUCCGUAUGGGCAUGACUUGUAUACUUGGAAGCAAGUGUUCUUGCUUGUUGAUGUCAUUUGCUGCUGUGCUGUUCUGUUUCCGAUUGUGUGGUCGAUUAAGAAUCUGCGCGAGGCGGCUAAGACUGACGGGAAGGCUGCUGUGAACUUGAUGAAAUUGACAUUGUUUAGGCAGUAUUAUGUUAUUGUUAUCUGUUACAUUUACUUCACCCGGGUUGUGGUUUAUGCUUUGGAGACGAUUACUUCGUAUCAGUAUCAGUGGACGAGUGUCGUGGCUUCUGAAUUCGUUACCCUUGGAUUUUAUGUUUUCACUGGAUACAAUUUUAGGCCUGAGGUGCACAACCCUUAUUUUGCACUUGAUGAUGAAGAGGAGGAAGCUGCAGCUGAGGCAUUGAAGCUCGAAGAUGAAUUUGAAUUGUAAUUUCUCCUUUUGGUGAUUGCAGAGCUGUGAUGGUACCUGUACCAUGCCUGAGGAGAUGGAACCGUGAUAGAGCUAGCAAGUUCAAAAUAGGAAUUCAGAUACCAGAUGUUUUAAUUUUUUUUAUAUAUUAAUUCAUUAACUUUUUGUUUAACUUACUUACAUAAUGAGCAAUCUCUUUCAAUUUUGCUUG